UGGCUAGCGGCGGCGGUGGCAGUGGCGGCUGUGGUGGCGGCGGCUCGUGGAGCCGGCGCGAGUCCAGCCCUCGCGGCGGGACCCGGGUCUUGACGAGCCCUGUCUGGGCCGAAGCGCGCGGAGAAUGGAAAUGUGCACUCAGCCAUGUCUCUGGGCCGCCUCCUUCGCCGGGCUUCCUCCAAGGCCUCGGACCUCCUGACCCUCACCACGGGGGGCAGCGUUGGGUCCCCCUCCAUCCUGGAUGGAGAGAUCAUCUACUCCAAGAACAAUGUCUGUGUGCAUGCACCUGAGGGGCUGCAGGGCCCUGGGGAGCACCACCCAGGGUACCUGUGCCUGUACAUGGAGAAAGAUGAGCUGCUGGGGGCGACCCUCAUCCUGGCGUGGGUCCCCAACUCUCGCAUCCAGAGGCAGGACGAGGAGGCCCUACGCUACAUCACCCCCGAGAGCUCCCCUGUGCGCAAGGCACCCCGCCCUCGGCGGCGGCGCACCACGAGUCUGGGAGCCCCCUACCAACCCUCUCCCACAGAGCCAAGGCCUCCCCUGAUUCCCAAAGACGAGGACAUCCUGGUAGUGGUCCAGAACACCCAGGAUACUGUGCACAUCAGCCCUACAUCUGAAGAUGGGGAAAAACUGGCCCAGGGCCCAGAGGUGGAUGGGCCCCUGCCCACUUCACAACCUGUCCACAGUGACUCUGGGAUCCUGUCUACAGUCAGCUCACAGGAUGGGACAGAGGAUGGCCGGGAGCCACGGCCUGAGGCCGUGGAGGAAGAGGGCUCCUUGGAGUUGUCGGCUGAUGGUGUGAGCAGGGAUAGCUCCUUCGACUCUGACUCUGACGCCUUCUCUUCACCAUUCUGCCUCUCGCCCAUCAGUGCGGCCCUUGCGGAGGGGAACAGCUCUGCAUUCCUAGAGAGCGAGGGCAGGAGUGUGUUAGGUGUGUCUCAGCCCCCAGGCACACUCAUGCUGGUGAGCCUGGGUGGUGCUGUGCGUGAGUUCAUGCGCUGUUGCCUGGUCCCUUUUGUCACACUGUGUCCUGUGCCCGGCUGA